CACGUUAUGGCUCACUAUCUAUCCUUCAGUUAGAUGAUGGUGAAUUUACUAGAUAUAAUCAGACCACCUCAUUUGAAGGACAUCAGCUAUUAGUUGUUGAUAAAGCAGAGUACCUAGGCAUGAAUACAUUGGAAAUUUUUGCUGAUUAUAAGAAUGGCUGUAUGGACGACAUUAGGUUGGAUGGAAGGGUGCUCCCACUGCCUCCAUCAGUGAAUGUCGCACAGUGGGGACAAGCAACUGCAGCUCUGAAUGUGGAACAUGGCUGUGGCUACUCUGACUGCAGUACUGGUUUUUGCCAAGAACCACUAAUAUACGCCAGUGAGAUACUGAACAAAUAUCAUUGCAUAUAAGUCUCUUUCAUAUUUUGUUUCCAGUAAUAAAAAAUAAUUCUCUUCUGGUAUGAAUAUGAUUUUUUGAAUGUGGAACAUGGCUGUGGCUACUCUGACUGCAGUACUGGUUUUUGCCAAGAACCACUAAUAUACGCCAGUGAGAUACUGAACAAAUAUCAUUGCAUGUGUGGUAGUGAAAGUACUACUUUGAAACCAGGAGCUGACGUUUGUAAUAAUCCCGAAAGUGCAAAAUGUCUCUAUCAACACUCAAAACUUAGUUACAAGUGUGUUUGCCCUGAUGAUGCAGAAGGCAAAAGGCAUGGAUUUCUACAAGAAAGGCACACAUUUUCUCUUGGUAUAUGGAUUCUGAUUGUGUCGCUAUCAGCAGCUAUCUUUGUGCUUGGUGCAAUGUUCAGUGGAUACAAAUAUCAAUGCAGUACCCAUGAAACAACUGAAGUAAAGAAUGAUGUUCAAGAAAAUGUGAUAUUUCACGCUGAUGAAGGAGGAGGGAAAGACGACACAGUCUCCUGUAGCAUGAAAGAGUUGAAAAUAUAUGUUGACAAGAUUGGGCCUACAGAAUCAGUGGAAAUGCACAAAUUUUCAGAGAUUCAACAGAAUUCUGAAGAAAUAUUAAAAAAUAUAAUAGAAAAACACAAAAGAGAAAUUGAUAUGAAAUUAAUCUCUGACAAUUUGGACCACACAUGUUGCUAUGACUUUGAAGGCAUUGCAGAAGCUUCUAGUUCUUUAUCCUCUUUGACCACAGAGUAUGAUGGCACAGAAAAGGAUUGCAAGGACUUCACAAAAAUUGCACAAGAUGUUACCAGAGUAUAAUACAAACACCUUGGCAGGACCAAUAAGUCUUGCACUCAAUGUGACACAUCUUACAGGGUUGAGUAAGAAACCCGCAGUGGUAGUAGACCAACUUCUCAAAAGUGACACUAAGGAUAGAAGUGUUCUAUCAUUCACAGACAAUUUCUUUGUAUAUAUACUCUCUGCUUGCUGCAGUGUUGUGAUAUUAUUUGAAAAAAAUCAAGACUUAACAUAUUUUUAUAAAUAACAAAUGUGAGCAUAUACAUAUACAUAUAUUUUUUAUCACUGACUUGUUGAUAUAACAUGUGU